CCGCGUAUCUGACAUGGUACAGUCCCAGAACUUGAAGCGUUUUGCGGGAAGCCGUUUGAGCUCGAGCUCCAAACAUUAACGUUACAAGCGGCAGUUUUUCCCCCAAAUGAGUACCAAAAAGGGCAGAGGAGCCAAAGUGCCCCGAGUGCCACAAGAUGAGAAUAAAAUCCAGAAAGGUUCAUCUGUAGAUGAUGGGGAAUCUCCCAACCUGUCUGUAAUAGAGAGAGCAAGCUUCCUGGAGGGACUGCAGCUAAACUAUGGUAACCCCCUGCACAGUACCGCCAUGGAGGAAGAUUUAAGCGUCUUAGAGGAGGAACGGGCGAACAAGGGAAAAGCUGGGAGAAAGGACAUUCCUCAGACGUUGAAGACUGCUGUCAAACAGCGUGGAGGUGCCAAGAAGAGGAAGGAGACAGAGAGGGAUGAUGAGAAUGAAGAAGAGGAGGAGGAGGAGGAGAAGAAGAAGAAGAGUAGAACUACUGGAGGGAAGGUCGAAGCAAGGUCAGACCCAACAAGCAACCAGCCUAUCCCAACAGCCAACGGGCUCAAAAAAUUGGUUGGGAAGAAACCCGCCAAGAGGAGGAGUGCUGGACAGACGUCUGCAGCGAGGCCAGUGAAGAAUCGGCAAACAAAGAAAGGCAAGAAGAAAGAGAGUGAAUCAGGAAGUGGAAAGUCUAGUGACCCUCAGUCACAGACUUCUUUUUCUUUUUACCCCCCCAAGGAGGAAUCUGACAUUAGCACCACCCAGCAGAGACGUAAGAAAGUCCUGUCGUCUGAUGAGGAGGAGACGGACGAGGACACGAGUUUGAACCCGAGUCCAAAGAAGGCCAAGGUGUAUAGUUUGAGCAGAACCAGAAAGUCUUCGUCCGAUGGGUCUAAAUCCAGAAAGUCUUCAUCGGGCAGUGCAUCGGCAGGAGCAAACAAGGCCGACACCAACAGACAGAGGAAGAAGAGACGUCCUCAGGGAGGGACAGAGUUAGAGGUGGUGCUGGAGGCCUUCCUUGACUUCUGUGAACAGUACAGGGAGUCUGUGGAGUCUAAAGCAGUCAAACAGUCCAUUGAUUGUUUCUCCUCCAAUGUAAAAGAGCAACUCCUGGAAAAGAUCACUUCUUACAAGGAGCUCAAGGUGCUAAAGAGAGACAACGCUAAGGUGGGCUCGUUGAUUCGUGGAAAGACACAGAGACUGUUGGACGCCAAACAAGAGCUGAUGAGGGCAGAGAGACAGGUGUGGUUGCUGCAAAAGGAGAAAGCUGAACUUGAACUCAGAUUAGGGGAUCUGAGACGAGGCCAAGCGUUCCUGCAUGACAUCAAAGAGCUCAACAAACAAUACCUGGGCUUCCGACACAAACAUCCCAGAGAGAAAGAAACGUAUGGAGCAUCCAGCUUGCCAGCUCUGCUACUGGAGGCCAAGCACAUUCAGGCAGCAGAGCAUCAGCUGAGAGGAAUCAAUAACCGGCUGGAGAGAAGACUGGGACUCGGAAACAACGUGCUAUGCCAUACACACACGCAAACGCACACUGAUUAAGAACUGUCGAUGUCUAUGUAUUGUAACACCAGUGAUUGUAUGCUGAGGAUUUCAUUGUGUAUGCCCAGGUUGGAUCAUUGUUAGAUAAGCUGUAAGUAUAUUAAAUGCAAAAAAAAUAACA